CUGAAUCUUAUAAAGAACCAACCAACUAAUGACCAUUUUUUUCAGAUUUCACAUGUUCAUGCAUGACAAAACGAAGGAACAGUUUCUUGAGGAAAACGAAAAUCAAUCCUGUAAACAGUUUAUAGAACAAGCAUCCAGGCCAGCUUAUGAGCUAUUAACAUCUGUAACAACUCGGAGAUUUAUAAAAACUCAUUUCCCCUUUUCACUACUACCACCAAGUAUAUUUACAGCUGGGGCAAAGGUAAUCUAUGUUGCGAGGAAUCCAUCAGACGUUGUUGUGUCAUAUUACCACCUUAACAGAUUAUAUCGUACCCAAGGCUAUCAAGGAGACUUCAAAACAUUCUACGACUACUUUGAAAACGAUUUGACUCCAUGGUCACCAUAUUGGACGCAUGUGAAGCAGGGAUGGCAAGCACGCAGCUUGCCGAACGUUCUUUUUAUGUUCUAUGAAAAUAUGAACAAAAAUUUAUCGGAAACCAUACGAGUCGUUGCCAAUUUCCUUGAUAAAAAUCUUUCUGACGAAGAUGUGGCGAGACUAGUAGAUCAUUUGAGUAUCGAAAAUUGCAAAAAUAAUCCAUCUAUGAACGGGGCAGAACUAAAAGCAGUAGGCAUUCUGAAUCACAAUACUCAGGGUUUCAUAAGAAAAGGUAGAGUGAAUUCUUCAGAACAAGAGCUAACUGACGAACUAAAACAGCGUAUUCGUAAAUGGACAUUGUAUAACUUGGAAGGUUCUGAUUUGAGAUUUCCUACACACAGUUCAUGAUUCUCAGCAGUAGAAAGCAAUACAACGCAUCGACAUGGAACGGCAUCGAAGAGAAAUGUUCGUCAGCUCAGUCCACCAGAGAUCACAUCGCCACCACUCAAGAGAGUUGAUAGAAAACGAGCGGAUACAAACCAUAGCGAUAAUGAAAGCGAGAGUGGCGUGGAUUAUAAAACAGUCAGCAGUAUAAACGUUUCGGAUUCAGAACCAGAGCCAGCUCCAGACGAUAAUGAGAAGUGAAUUAUUCGCUUUAGAAGGAAUACGAAAAUAACAGAAAGGAAACUGAAAA